ACCGUAAUGUUUCUAACCUAACUUUUUCACAAAAUCAAAAACUUUAAAAAAAUGCCAUUAAAGCAUGUAGCACAAUUACCGAAAUCCUACUUGCUGUGCGCCUUUCUACGAGUAUUCCUAACGUGCCUGCCCCAAACCGGCUACAUUCACCCCGACGAAUACUUUCAAUCGAUCGAACCCCUCGCCGAGAAGUCCCUCAACGUGAAAGUAAAUAAGCCAUGGGAAUUCAACGUGACAUUCCCUCUACGAUCGGUUACACCCCUGUAUUUCACGACGGGGUUGAGCUUUCAAAUCUUGAAGCUCGUCGACACGUUUCUGACGUACCAAUUCGACGUUUCACUUGCGACGCCUUACUUUACAAUUCUGUUCCCUCGCCUGUUAAUGACUGGCCUGUCGUUCGCGGUCGACUGGAGCCUGUAUCGUAUCUGCCUGGCGAAUAGCGAGAAGUGUAAGUCGCGCUGUCUGAUUCUGUCCACGUCGUACGUCACGCUCGUUUACGCGACGCGUACGUUUUCCAACGUAAUCGAGCUGUUACUCUUCGCGCUUCUGCUGUAUUAUGUCGCCGAGAGUCUCAUAUUUUCGAACAUUAACAUCCGGCAACGCGAGUACAUCAAUAAGAGGUACAAGGCGGCCGAGACGCUCGGCGAAAAGGCGAAGUUUCACAAGCUACGCCUUUACCUCGAGAACGACUCGCUUCGCAGCUACUUUACCAUAGCGACUAUCGUUACCGUCGGGUUCUUUAACAGGCCCACUUUCGUGGCGUACGCGAUUUCGCCCGUUUUUUUUUGGCUGUAUCGCGGUAUCGGGUUCAAAUCAAUUGUUUCGCUUCAGUUUCAUUUGCGCACAGUCGUUUUCGUCGCGAGCACCGUGCCGACCGUCGUUUUUUUCGUUGUCGUCGAUUCGUUUUUCUACGGAUACUUGACCUGGGGAGAAAUCGGCAUGUUGGAGGUGUCGAUUAAUAACUUCGUGGUGACCCCGUGGAACUUUGUCAAAUAUAACAUUAACGCGGAGAACCUAGCCGAGCACGGGGUGCACCCCAGGUGGUUGAACAUGCUCGUUAACGUUCCUCUUCUCUUCGGAGUGCUUGCGUUUUUGUGUUAUUCAAAUUUGGUGGAAUUGUUAAGGAGCAUCUGGCAAUGCAAGUAUCACCAUCUACCGUCAGUACGCAGCAUCCGUGGCCUGAUGACCGCCUCAAUCCUCUUCCCGCUCGCCUUACUCUCGUUUGUCCCACAUCAGGAGCCACGUUUCUUGCUUCCGCUCAUCCUUCCGCUGGUCUACCUGUACGGCCCGUCAAUUUGGCCUGAACAAGUCGAUGUGGUGGUGAAACCGACGGACGGAUACAAACCGGGGGAGAGCAGACGGCGGGAACCGAACUCGCUCUUGAAGGUAUGGCUCGGCGCGAACUUUUUGCUCGCGAUUUUCUACGGAUUUGUUCAUCAAGGCGGAGUGUUCGGCUUUGUCUCGCGUUUGAACCGCGAAAUGCGAACUACCGACGACAAUAUCAACUACGAAGUCUUCACGUCGCACAUUUAUAGCAUUCCUCACUCCUUGCUGCACGAGGAACUAGGCGAGCAUCGGAGCCCGUACGAAAGAGUCAAGCGUGUAACUCUGCACGAAAAAGGGUCGACGGACUUAAUGAAAGUGCUCAGACUAGUCCGAACUGCCUUGUACGCGAGAAAGGCGAAAACCUCGCACUUUCGUUAUCGAUUAUUCCUGGUCAUUCCGGAGUCUUUAAGUGAUGUGUUAAUGUACUAUCUCGCGCAGGACGAGUACGUUAAUUUAAGUGUAAUCGAGACCGUCCAGUUUUUUCCGCACGUGAGUACGGAAGCUAUGCCGGAAAUUUUCGGCGUGGACUUUAUGUCACGGCCAACUGAGAGUAUUCUUAAGUUUUUAAAUGGCUUUUCUUUGACACGUUUCGAACUGCAGUUGAACGAUUAGAGAGCACCAAGCGCCACCACAGAAUUUACCAAAGCUUUUGAUCUCAACUUGUUUAGCUUAUUGAUAAACCAUGAGAAACUUGUAGCUUUAAAUAAAUGCCGUUAUUCCUU